CUCACAAAAUGACAUCAUUUAUGUAAAUAUCAAGUAGUUCCGAUUUUUAUCGAAGAAAAAACGUAAAAAGAAAACAUCACGCGCAUUUUGUAUUGAUCGCGAGGUGUAAAGAUAAACGUUUUAAUUCUAGCCUAACCUAGGCUCCAGUUUAGACUAGGCCUAUUUCUAAAACGUCUGCGGAGUUUUUAUUUAUUGCUCUCGUUCUGAGAACCUUGACUGAUAACCAUGGCGACAAGUGGUGAAGCCGCCAACAUUCAUGGUGUUGUGAAGUCAGGAUGGAUGCAAAGACAAAGUGAUUUUUUAAGAAGAUGGAAGAGGCAGUAUUGUGUGUUGUAUUCUGAUGGCGGGUUUUCAUAUUUCACAGAUGAAACACGCAAUGACUCACAAGGUGUUAUUAAUCUGCCCUCCAGAUGCUGUGCGAUCAAUAUUGGGCAUGAGGUACGUGACGUUGAUCCCCCAGCUGACAGAACUAAUAGCUGUCUGAUAGAACUUAAGACGACGUCAACAGGUAAUGUUGUGUUUUGUGCUGACUCCCCAGAUGAAGCAGUUGCUUGGAAAAGCUCUCUCACAGAAGCGAAGCUUGCCAACACCCGGCAAGAUAUGCCGCAGCAUGUCCCACAGUUUAAUCGCUACUCCUAUAGACCGUAUGAUGCUCCGCCUCCAUACUCGUCGUGCCAUAGGGGCGGUCGCGUCGUCCAGACCACCACUACUUAUCCAGAUGGUACGCAGGUUGUUAAUAUGAAUAACGGAUAUCCCCGGCAAACCCGGAUGUACUCAUACCCAGGUCAGACCUAUUACACAACCUAUCAAGAUCCAAAUACAAUAGUGUCAAAUCCAGCCGGCACGAACACCACUGUUAUUUACAACCAAGACCGACGUAAUAAUACCGACGCUGCAUUUGGAUUCGCUACAGGAGCAGCCGUUGGCGCAUUGAUGUUUUCCCCAAUUUUAUUUUGGUAGCAGUGGUUUCAUAUUACUACUUUCAAUAUACGGAAGCAUCUUUCUUUUUCUGUUGUAAUCACUGUUAUGGUGAUUGUGAUUAUACAGUAUUGGAAUACAGUACAGUAAUUAUUUUUGAAAAGUUUUAUGAGAAAUAUGUGCAAUGCUCUGGCGCAUUCCAUCAUUAUUGUUGGAUUUUAAUGAAAUCAGAAAUUAUCAAUCCCUGUUAAUUGGUAUUAUGCAUGAAAUUUUAAUAAGCUAUAAGCAAAAGUGAGUUAAGUGACCCAAUGUAAAAUAAUGUUAAUAUUAAUAAUUUAUCAUUCAUAGAAUAAUGUAGUGUAUCAUUCCAAUUAAUGACCCUGCUUCUAGUUUAACCAUGGUAAUUGAUUGUAUAUUGAUUAUUUUCUAAUAAUUAUAUUAAAUAAUGAUUUUUUUUUUAAUUUUUUUUUUUCAUUUUUUUUUUUUAAUAUUGAAUAUUUUGUUUGGAUAUUGAAUAUCAGUGGCGGAUUCAAGAGGGGACCCAGUCGGCCCAGGCCCAUUUCCGACCAUCUAGAGAUGCCAUAAUCAUACAUUUUCUUACCCAGCCCCAACAAUGGUUGGGCUGAGGUUGUAUAGAUCCUCCAUCUGUGAAAGUCUCUCUCUGGGCCCUCUCUAUUUCAAAUUCCUGGAUCCGCCACUGAAUUAUGAUUAUUUGCUAUAGAUUAUUGGCUUUUGCUAAUUUGAUUAUUAUUGAUUGAUUAUUGGCUAUUGUAUUUUCAUUGCUAAGGAGCAUUAUAAUUUAUGAAGUAUAGAUAUAUCAAUGGUUUGUGAAAUCUAAUGUAAGAAAAUAUGUAAAUAAAAUAAUUUUAUAACAAUAUUAAUUAUUGAUAUACUGUAAACAGUAAAUAGGUAUAACUAUGCUUCAAUAUGUAGAUAGAUUAUCAUACUGGAUUAGUUUGAAAAUAUAUUAUUAGUGUUGUAUAAUCCCAUGUAGAUCAAAUGUAUGUUAUCACAUUUUAUGUUAUCUGAUUGCAUGUUGUAUGCUGGUUGCAGUUCGAUGCCUUGUAAAUGUGGUAAUCACCUUUGUUGCCUGAUCAUAUGUUGGUGAUAACAACUUAUCAAUUGUCUGAUCACAUUACUGUAUGUUGGUGAUCACAUCCAUUGCCUAAUCCUAUAUAUUGCUAUUGACCAUAUGUCAUGACUUGCCUGAUCACAUCAUUUCAUAUGGUGCCGAUCACAUUUUACCACUUUAAAUACAUGUUAUGUUGACCAUAUGCUUUCAUUUGUCUGAUCACAUGUUAUAAGUUGGUGAUCUCAGGUUAUAUAUUGGCGAUCAAAUCCCAGCUAACAAUAUUACGUUCUAAGAACGUUAUAAUAACGUUACAUUUUGGAGAUAAAAACGUUAUUUUGUAGAACGAUAUGUACGUAAUUAUAACCUAAUUUCACAACGUUGUGUGAAUGUUAUUUUGUGACAUCUAAUCGCAACAUUCGCAAACGUUAUAAGAGCAUUUUGUGUUUGCUGGGAUGUUAUCAGUUGCCUGAUCACAUGUUAUAUGUUUGUUGAUCACAUGUUAUAUAUUGGUGAUCACAUGUUACCAGUUGCCUGAUGACAUGUUAUCAGUUGCCUGAUCACAUGUUAUAUGUUUAUGAUCACAUGUUAUAUGUUGGCGAUCUUAGGUUAUAUGUUGGCGAUCACAUGUUACCAGUUGCCUGAUCACAGGUUAUAUAUUGGUGAUCACAUGUAAUCAGUUGCCUUAUCAUUUUAUAUGUUGGAGAUCUUAGGUUAUAUAUUGGCAGUCACUUACGGUAUUGACUACUUGUUAUUCAUUGUCUGAUCACAAGUUAUAUAAACUAUCUAAAACGAUUGUUUAUAAUAGGUUUAUAACACAUCUUGAAACAAAAUGUUGAUCACAUGUUAUCAGAAUUGUGUUGCAUCUAGUGGCCAAGUAAUUACAACAGGAGGCAGAUCAGUGGCGGCACCAGGAUUUCCCAGACCGGGUGUUCAAAGUCCCCGACAAGAAAAAGUGGGCGUGGUCGGGCGUCGGUAAAAACCUUUAGAAAGUGGUCUAGAAGGCGUAGCUCCCCGAAAAUAUUGCAAUUUAGGGGUUUCAUUUCAUUCUAUUAAUAGGCCCUAUGUAUAAAAUACAUAUAUAUUUUUUUAAUUUAUUUUUUCUCCCCGACGAAUUGUGGUUUUUCUACCCGAAGGGGUGGGGGGAAGGAGGGGUGCUGUAGCCCUGCCUAGCCCCCCCCCCCCUAAGGCAGAUUAUUUAUAUGCAAAUUAAAUGCACAUUAUAAUUGAACUUAAUUUAUCUACCAAUUGUAUUAUGCAGAGUUAUAAUUACUACUGUACAGGUAAAACAGCUUUAAUUAUAGUUAUCAGACAAUUAACAAAAUACAUGUUUUGACCUUAAUUAACGGGUCACUACAUUUGAAUAGGAAUACCAAUUUCCAAAAAUAUUCUUUUUUCACUGUGAGUAUUGCAAAAGCAUUAUUUUAAUUUUUUUUUAAGGCCAUAAAUGUAUACUUAUUAAAUAUGUAUUAGAUAAUGGUUUGUGCUUAAAAAAUAAAGUGAAAAUGUAUUUUUUGUGUAUUUUUCCUUAGAAACAAAAUGGAUCUCUGACACCAUUGACUGAUCUCAUAUUGACUUUCCCCUUAGCAGUCGUUCAGAUAAUACUUGCUUCCGUCAUGUAUACUUGUAAUUAUAAUGAUAAGAAUAUCA